AUGUUCAAAUACUUACAGACCAUUGUUAUCCUCGCAAUCAUCGCCUGUGCCUCUGCCAAGCCGGGUCUUCUCCUGGGCGAGCAGUUGGCUUAUAGCGCUCCAAUUGUAGCUGCUGCUCCUGCUGCAGUGGUCGCAGCUCCUGCUCCUUAUGUGACUGCUACCAGCAGCCAGGUGUUUGCCCGCAACUACAAUGGAAUCGCCACUGCACCAGUGGUUGCUGCUGCUCCCGUCGCUGCUCCAGUGGUGGCCAAGUAUGUGAGUGCGCCGUUGGCUGCUCCAGUCAUCGCCAAGUAUGCGGCAGCUCCGCUGGCAGCUCCUUUCGCCUACAGCUCGCCGCUGACUUACGCAGCCGCUGCUUCGCCUGUGCUGUUGUAA